AAGAAAGAAAGACAUGGACAUCAUGGAUGACAUUGGGGUGAGUAUUCGUUCUACUUUCUUAGUCUUUUCUGUAUUCCAGAGGAAGGAUUUUACAAUUCAACCAUCUGUUAAGAGAUGAAUGUCAUUAGUAUAUUGUAGAUAGUAAGUGCUUGAUGUAACUGUAAUCAUGAUCAGUAUUGUACAUCCUGUCAUUCAGCUCUCUGACCUCUUUCGAUUGGCUGAUUACUCCAUAUUAGUAUUGAUUGCAGGCCCUUCUGAAAUCAGGCUGUCAUUGAACCAUCCACACUGAGGACGAUGACUGGCACUAGUGCGUGCUGAACUCGGUGGUCUCUUGGAGAAUGGAUGGUCUACCGUUACGUCUGUUUGUGAGCUGAUCAACCGUAGAGGGAAUCCACAAAUCACCCAGAGGCUCGGCGGGCAGAGGGUGUGUGGAAAACAUCACAGACGCUCUCAGAUCUUCCAGCACGUGGAGACACGGAGACAGACAGAAGCUGGAGGUCUCGCAUCUCGUCGCCGGGUCCGACUCGUGUCUUCUGCACCUCAUUUACUCAGUGGACGCUUGAUUCAUCACCACAGAGACAGCACCACUUUGUCCAGACUCACCAGGCAGGCUUUCUUGCCAAGACAAGCAUUCAUUAGUGCAGAAACAUGUGGUCAGGUCGCCUGACUUUCAGCUGUUUGGUUUUGGCCACCCUGAUGACCCUAAAUCACUCCGGCCUUGUGAAGAAGAUGAUCAGGCACCGACGGGAAGCUCUGACGAUUCCCGGCGUACACAACGUAACCCUUCCGAACUCUUCCCAACCGGUCAUUUUCAACCACGUUUACAACAUCAAAAUCCCGGGUAGCUCUCUGUGUGUGGAUCUGGACUCUCCGGGUGGUUCGGAUCUCGAGCAGAAGGACGCACCAUCUGGCUCUGAAGUAACUGACCAGACAUUGGACGGCAGUAAUCAGAUUGUCUUCACCCAUCGCAUCAACAUCCCCAAGCAGGCCUGCGGCUGUACAGGUGGACUGCCGGAUCUGAAGGAGCUCCUGAGUCGACUGGAGAUGUUGGAGUUGGAGGUGUCCACACUCAGAGAGCAAUGCGGCACAGAGUCAACCUGCUGCAGCGCAGAGGUCACAGGUGCUGUGGGAACGAAGCCCUACUGUAGCGGCCGUGGAAACUACAGCACUGAAACCUGCGGCUGUGUUUGUGCUCCCGGAUGGAAGGGCCCCAACUGUACCGUUCCCAACUGUCCCGGAGACUGCAGCGACCAGGGCCGCUGCGUUAACGGAAAGUGCGAGUGUUUCGAGGGCUUCACGGGUGAGGACUGCAGCUUGGAAACCUGUCUGGUGGACUGCGGCGUGAACGGGCGUUGCGUUGAUGCGGUGUGCGUCUGCAAUGAAGGCUUCUCCGGGGAAGAUUGCACAGAUUCGGAUUGCCUCAACAACUGUUUGGGACGCGGGCGCUGCGUUGAUAGCGAGUGCGUCUGCGACGAACCCUGGACUGGCUUCGACUGCUCCGAGCUCAUCUGCCCGAAUGACUGCUACGACCGCGGACGAUGCGACAACGGGACCUGUUACUGUGAGAAAGGCUUCGUCGGAGAAGACUGUGGGACACUCUCUUGUCUGAACGACUGCUCGGGACGAGGUUUCUGCAUCGAUGGCCGCUGUGUGUGUGACGCCGGGUACUCGGGCGAGGACUGUACCGUCCUAACCUGUCCGAAUAACUGCAACGGAAGGGGGCGCUGCUUUAACGGAGUGUGUAUUUGCGACGUGGGCUUCCUCGGAGAGGACUGCGGGAGGCUCUCGUGCCCGGACAACUGCAACAACCGAGGGCGCUGCAUAGACGGGCGGUGCGAAUGCGAUGUUGGCUUCCAAGGCCGCGAUUGCUCGGAGCUCCGCUGCCCUAACAACUGCAAGAAUCGUGGGCGUUGCGUUAACGGCCAGUGUGUUUGCCAAGAGGGUUUUGGCGGCGAGGACUGCAGCAUCAAAAGCUGCCCGUCGGACUGCUACGGUCGAGGCCAGUGCGUGGACGGGAAGUGCGUUUGCUUCGCAAACUUCGCAGGCGAAGACUGCAGCGAAUUGAGCUGCCCGAGCAACUGCCUGAACCGCGGACGCUGCGUCGCAGGGCAGUGCGUUUGCGACGAAGGCUUCACCGGAGAGGACUGCGCUCAAAAGAAGUGUCCCAAUGACUGCCUCGGCCGCGGACGCUGCGUGGAGGGCCGGUGUGUCUGCCAGGAGGGUUUCGAGGGUCACGACUGCUCCGUUCCCUCCUGCCCUGGAAACUGCAACGACCGCGGGCGCUGCGUCAACGGGAAAUGUGUGUGCGACGAGGGCUUCGGUGGAGAUGCCUGUGGAGAAAGAAGCUGUCCGAACGAAUGCACGGGAGUGGGCCAAUGCGUGGACGGCCUCUGCGUUUGUGAUGAAGGCUACAUUGGCGAGGAUUGCUCGGAAGUCUCGCCACCGGAAGACCUGACCGUCACAGAUGUAACCACAGAGGAGGUGAACCUCACGUGGAAGAACGAGAUGCUGGUGACGGAGUAUUUAGUCACGUACAUCCCGACUUCACCAGGCGGCCUGCAGAUGGACUUCCGAGUGCCUGGAGACCGGACGUCUACUACCGUCUCUGAGCUGGAGCCUGGGAUCGAGUACCUGAUCAACGUUUAUGCCGUCCUCAACAACAAGAAGAGCAUUCCAGUCAGUGCCAGAGUGGCCACACAUCUACCGCAGCCUGAGGGCCUGAAGUUUAAGUCCAUCACUGAUACGUCUGUGGAGGUUUUGUGGGACCAGCUGAACAUUCCUUUUGACGGCUGGGAGCUCAACUUUCGUAACACGAAGGAAGAAAACGGGAAGAUCGUGAACAACCUGACACCUUCCCAGACCAACUUUGAGCAAUCAGGACUCGGGCCGGGACAGGAAUACAAAGUCACUUUGUCCGUCGUAAAGAACAAUACCAGAGGACCCGAAAUAAGCUCGACUGUAGUUACAAGAAUCGAUUCUCCAGGACAGGUUGGUGUUAGCGAUGUGACUGACAGGUCAGCAGUGAUCUCCUGGUCCAGGCCUGUGUCUCAGGUGGACGGGUUCAGGGUUUCGUACGGGCCAAGCACAGACCCGUUAGUCCAUCGUGAUGUCGACCUCUCGGCCAAAGACACGCAGUACAGCCUGGAAGACCUGAAACCCGACACUGAAUACAGAGCGUCUCUCAGUUCUAGAAGGGGAGAUUUGACCAGCGAGCCCAUCUCUGAAAGCUUCACCACAGGCCUGGAUGCCCCCAGUGACCUUAAAGCUGUUGAUCAGACUGACAACAGCAUCACAGUGGAAUGGAAAAACAGCCGUUCAUCCAUCGACGGAUACCGGAUCAAGUACGGACCGAUCGCAGGAGGUGCUCACGGUGAAGAUAUGUUCCCUAGAAGAGCAGGAGACACGACAUGGGCCACAAUUACAGGCCUGAAGCCUGGAACGGAGUACGGCAUUGGAGUCACAGCCGUUCAGAAUGAGAGAGAGAGUGUGCCGGCCACCACCAAUGCACUGACCGAUCUGGAUCCACCUCGAGACCUGGAAGUGCGAGACUCCUCUGAAAGCACUCUGGAUCUGGUCUGGAAGAGACCCCGGGCCAAGAUCUCCACCUACAGGCUAGCGUUUGUGUCUGCCGACGGGCGACGGGAAGAGCUGGAGCUGCCUGCGACUGCCACCACACACACGCUGACCGGCCUGACCCCCGGCAUGCGCUACACCGUCACCCUGGUGUCAGAACGUGCACGGAGAAGAAGUGCUCCAGCCACUGUGACCGCAUCCACAGCAUCUUUCACUUUUUAUCUAGCGAACACAUUUCCUGAGCUCGGUUCAGCCAAAGGCACCGACGACAAUGUCAUUAGCUUUGUGCCUCUCGACAACUCUGGCAGCGGAUACGAGGAUCCCACCGGCACUUUGACCGUGUCCAAUGUCACGUCUGAUGGAUUUGAUCUUUCGUGGGAGUCAAAUAUGCACAUUGGCUAUGAUAGUUACACUGUAGAACUUAAAGAUUUCUCAGGGAAAUGGAGCAAGGAGGUUCAUCUCAAUGUGGAGGUGAACGGCACUAAGAUCCGAGGUCUAAGGGCUUCCACUGAGUACCAAGUAAGGCUUUAUGGAAUAUCCAAUAACCAAAGAUCUUCACUACUAGAAGCUGUAGCAGUCACAGCACAGUCUACCUCUCCUGAUGUUGUUGCUUUGACCGUCACAAGUGUUUCAACAAUGCAACCGAGCCUCCAUAAGGAGGUUCAACCAGCAGUCUCUACCUCCACUUAUUUAACAGAAGAUUUUAAAGCUGAAGCCUCAGGUGAUGAACUUGAGGGCCCAAGUCAAGGGCCUCCGAGUGACCUAAAAGUCACAAAUGUGAGCAGAAAUAGUUUGUGGCUAUCUUGGUCAGCUCCAGAAGGAGCCUUCGAUAGCUUCAUCGUUGAGCUGAACUCAACGUCGAAUAAGUCUAAAGAGCUCAUUAUUGACGUAUCUGGAGAAGCCCGGCAGGUCCGUGUUGAUGGGCUGAGCGCUGGCAUGCAUUAUGAGAUUACUUUAUAUGGGAUGAAGGAGGGCGAAAAAUCUCAACCGGUCAAUGUUCACCUCAAGACAGAGGAGCAGAAGCCGCAGAUUGGCAGUCUGAGUGUGUCUGAUGUAUCUUGGGAUAGUUUCAAUGUGUCCUGGAUCAUUGAGGAUGGCCUUGCCUUUGACAGUUUUGUGAUUGAAGUGGCAAAUUCAGCAGGUGGUCCAGAAACACAGAGCCUUUCUGUAUCUGGGGAUGCACGUAGUUUAUGGAUGUCUGGGCUCAGCCCCGACACGUCCUAUACAAUAACACUAUACGGAGUGCAUCAGGGCUCGAUCCUGGGGUCGAUCAACAUUGAAGCAGCGACAGUUGGGAGCUGUGGUGUCAAGCAGGUGCUUCUGUGCUCUAACAUUUCCUUUUAAUUCUUCAUGAAACCU